AUGAAAACCUUCGUUGAAAGAAUAGCCUCUUGUGCAAAUUGGAGAGUUGAGCUAGCAGAAGAAGUAUUCAGGAACGAAACUGAUCGGUCUUUGAAAAGCCACAGAAAAAUCACCAUAAUAGAAAAAUACCAUUUUGCCUCCCCCCUUAAACUUCAAGUUCGUUAUACAUAUGCUCAGGUCAGCGAAACAACGUUGAUAACACCUUUACGCUAUGCCAGUCAAGCAGCUGCUAGCAUAGAAAAGCCAGCUUUAACUCCUAUCUCAACCAGCGGAACACGGUCAGCAACAGAAGCUAAUAGUAGCUUGAAAACAAAGAUAAUGCAUUUUCUAUACAAUCAUCAACAAAAUCCUAUUCCAACAACCGAAAAAAAUAUUGUCCUAACAAACUGUCCUCACUGUAUUAAAGUGCGUAAGAACAGUUUUGCUGCGUAUGUCGAUCUUCAGAAAGGGACCUAUAAAUGUACAACUUGCAAAUCGAAAGGAUCCUUUAGUGAAUUCUCAAGAACACUUUCAAAAAAGAUAAAACUAGCAACGACAGAAAACAAUUUUAGUAUUUUACCUACAACCAGUCUUUUGUCCAAAACAAAUUCGGAAUUGUCAAGAUCACCAGCGGAUCUGGAUCAGUUUGUGAAAACCCUCCAUGAAAAUGGAGAACUAUUAGCACAGAUUAACAAGCAACAUCUGAUACAGCAAGAUACAUUAAAUGCUUAUGGCGUAGGCGUGACUUUUGUAGAUAAUCAGCCUUAUUUAACUUUUCCUCAAACCACCUUGACUUAUGAAGACGAGGCAUUCAAAACGUCUACCAUAAGAUUCAAAUUAUGCGACUUACAGAAUCCAAAACAGUUAAAGGAAAUCGAUCCUCCAGCGACAAGCAAAGAAAGUAAGGCAGGCCUUUUUGGAUAUCAUUUAGCAUCAUACAAAGAUGAUACUGUUGUUCUGGCACGAACAGAAUUGGAUGCCAUGGCCGCGUACCAAACAACGGGCAUUCCAGCAGUAUCACUACCUACUAGCAACUAUCAGCUACAAGAGUCUAUUCUGCCUUUAUUAGACCGUUUUAAACGUAUUUACUUAUGGCUCGAUGACGAUGUGGAUGGGCAAAUUGCCGCUGAACGAUUCGCACGUAAAAUAGGGGAGCAUCGAUGCAUGAUUGUCAAUACACGACAGGGAGAUCAACAAGGCCCUUUGAACGCACAUGAUGCGCUUAUUCAAAAUAGAGAUUUGAAAUCUAUUCUAGAAAAUGGUGUGAGGACUAUCAAGCACGAUCAGAUUGUUGAUUUCCAUGACCUUCGUGAAGAGGUCUAUAAUGAAAUUUUGCACCCUGAACAAACAAAAGGUGUUCAAUGUAACGAUAUACCGCAGUUGAAUGAAAUCAUAAAAGGCCAUCGAUCUGGGGAAUUAACCAUCCUGACAGGUCCCACAGGUGUGGGCAAAACGACCAUUAUCAGUCAGCUAAGCUUAGAUUUUUGUAAAUCUGGCGUACCAACGUUAUGGGGAUCAUUUGAAAUUAUGAAUAAGCGACUAGCAAAGAAGAUGCUGUACCAAUUUGCAGGAAAAGAUUUGAGCUUACAUCCAGAAGAGUUUGAUAAAGUUGCGAAUCAAUUUGAGCAGUUACCGUUGUACUUUUUAAAGUUCUUCAGUAGUACAGCCAUUAAGGAUGUACUGAAAGCUUGUCAGCAUGCUGUUAACGCGUACGAUGUUCGUCAUAUUAUUCUGGACAAUCUACAAUUUAUGCUCUCGCAGCAACAUAUGAAUGGAAUGGAUAAAUGGGAUUUACAAGACAAUGCCAUUGCAGAAAUUAGAAACUUUGCUACACAACAAGAUGUUCAUGUUACUCUCGUGGUGCAUCCCAGGAAAGAUAAUGGGAGUGGCGAUGAAUUAGACAUCAAUUCCAUUUUCGGCAGUGCCAAAGUCACUCAGGAAGCUGAUAACGUGAUCAUCCUCCAAAAAUCGAAAACCAAUGCAAGAUCGAUUGAUAUAAAAAAGAAUCGAUUCGAUGGCACACUAGGUUCGAUACCAUACAAAUUUGAUAGAGAGACAUACAAGAUUCGACAAUUCACGGCAGAAGAACUGAUGAAAUUGAAGAAGGAACAAUUCAAGUAUGGAAGCACGUCUGUUGUCUAUAGAAAGUAA